CGAGAAUUUCGAGCAGGUCGGUAGCUAGUCAUCACCCAUCGUCGUAGACUCUCCCCCACACCAACAACAUAGAUAACUUCUCUUCAAAAUGGCCAAGAUCAAGAAGCGUGGCGAGUCCGGGGCGGCUAAAAACUACAUCACUCGAACGCAAGCUCUGAAAAAGCUCCAAAUCUCGCUGAGUGAUUUCCGACGACUAUGUAUCCUCAAGGGUAUCUACCCUCGAGAGCCUACGAACAAGAAAAAGGCCAACAAGGGAUCUUCCGCCCCGGCUUCCUUCUACUACUCGAAGGACAUCAUGUACCUCUUGCACGAACCCCUCUUGAACACUUUCCGUCAACACAAGACCUUUGCGAAAAAGCUCGCCCGAGCACUCGGACGAGGCGAAUGGGCAUUGGCAAAAGGGCUCGAGGACAGGAAGCCGGAUGCUAGAUUGGACCACUUGAUCAAGGAGCGAUACCCUACGUUCAAGGCUGCCACGAUGGAGCUCAACGAUCCUCUGAGUUUGUUGAGUCUGUUCGAGAGGUUGCCGAAGGAUCCGGUACCGGGCAGGACCCAGGUGCCGGUCGAGGUCACCGCCGAGUGUGCUAGGUUGGUCAACGAGUGGAAGGUCUGGGCUAUCCGAACGCACGCUCUGCGAAAGGUCUUCUUGUCGAUCAAGGGGAUCUACUACGAAUGCGAGGUCCCUUCGGGCGAAUCCGGGUCAACGGUCCCCGUCCGAUGGCUCGAGCCUUACGAGUUCACCCAGCACGUCCCCUCGGACGUCGAUUUCCGUAUCCUCCUCACCUUCCUCGACCUCUACCGGACCCUGACCUCGUUCGUCCUGUACAAGCUGUACACCGACGAGAACCUGGUCUACCCUCCUCCUAUGGACGUCCAGCUGGAUCAGAGGGGCGAGGGAGUCGGCAAGUUCAAGUUGGUCGAGCGGGAGGCAGACGAGGACAGGGACGGCGAGCAGCCCAAGACGGCGGAUGGAAAGAGGAUCACGAAAAAGGACGUCAAGCGUGGGAUCAAGUCGGUACAGCGUGCUGGCGAUGCCGUCGACGAAGACGAGGACGAGGAGAUGGUCGAUGCCACCGAAGAGGCCGUCGAGGAAGAGUUUGUGCAUCACCCUGGCAAGAACGAGGACGGCGCCGACGCCGCUUCAGGACCCUUGCCCACCUACACCUCCCUCCUCGUCUCGUCUUCCAACUCGGAAAACACCACCCCGGCCUUCCAGAUCUUUUCCCCUUAUACCUUUUACCUCUCCCGAGAGACCUCGUCCCGAACGUGGGAGUUUAUCAUCCGAGCGUUCGGAGGCAAGGUCGUUACCCACCUCGAACCUACCACCGACGCUACCCAGUCCAACUCGCUGGCCGGUCCCGAGGGCGACAAGAUUACGCACGUGAUCAUCGACCGACCUAUGGGCAAGUCGAAGAUGAGGGAGUUGCAAGGGCAGAGAAAGUGGGCGUGGGUCCAGCCUCAGUGGGUGGCGGACUGUGCGAACCGAAGAGAGAUCUUGCCUAGCGGUCAGGGAAGCGGAUACGAGCCUGGUGGUGCGCUUCCCCCUCACUUGAGCCCUUGGGACGGAGAGGGCGAGGUCUACCGACCGUGGUUGGAGCAGGACAAGCCCGAGGCCAGUCAGGUCGAGGCUGCCGCGGAGGGUGAUGACGUCGAGAUGGCAGACGACGACGAAGAGGAGGAGGAGGAAGACGAGGACGAGGAUGAAGAGACCGUCAAGCCCGAGACCAAGACCACCAUCACCCCGGCCCUCCUCGCCGCUUCUCGAGACCCUACGAACGAGACGCUCAUCCACCAGGCCGAGCUGGAAGCCGAAUCCCUCGGAAUCUCGCACGACGCCUUCAAAAAGUCUCUGGACAAGCUCGUCAAGGAGCACAAGGAGACCCCUCAGGGAUCGGCAGCUGAAAAGGCCAAAAAGGUCGCCGUGGCCGACGAGGACAUGAGGAAGAUCAUGAUGACCGGGAAGAAGCAGAGGUUGUACACCAAGAUGACAUAUUCGAACAACGAGAAGAAGGCUGAGCAAGACAAGCUGGAGCAAAAGAGGCAGGCCAUCGAGAAGAGGAAGAAGAAGGAGGCCAAGUCCAAGCUCGCUCAGGCCGCUGCCGCCGCUUGAUCGCGAUGAUGUCUUUCGCUUUUCUCUGAUCACUACGGGCUCGGGUCGUUUGUCUUUGAACCGUGUCUGUCCAUAUAUUAUUAUACGAGUGUACGCAUAUGUUUUCCGCAUGUCAUUUUUUCUCCUUGUUUCGUGUACCAUCAACCAGAUAUCUUCUUCUCGAUGGUUCACUACGAGUCCGAGGUCAGUUGCCCGACCCCCCGGGUGCCUAACCCAACCGAUCG